CAGGUGUGUUCGACGUGCAAAUCGACUGCAGUAGCCAGCAUCGGAAAAUUAGCCCCCAAACACAUAACGCAAACAGAAAAAACUGGCAUAGCCUGUUUAUAAUCGGCUCAUGUAAUCAGAGAGAUGUCAAACUGGGGGUUUCUGGAGAAUGUCCUGAGUGGGGUGAACAAGUACUCCACAGUCAUCGGCCGCAUCUGGCUCUCCAUCGUCUUCAUCUUCCGCAUCCUGGUGUACGUGGCGGCUGCUGAGCAGGUCUGGAAGGAUGAGCACAAUGACUUUGUCUGCAACACCCAGCAGCCUGGCUGUGAGAACGUGUGCUUCGACCACUUCUUCCCCAUCUCCCAGAUCCGCCUGUGGGCCCUCCAGCUCAUCAUGGUGUCCACUCCAUCCCUGUUGGUGGCUCUACACGUGGCCUACCGCGAGAACAGGGAGAGCAGGCAUGGCAAGAAGCUGUAUGAGGACAAAGGUAGGAUUGAUGGAGGUCUGCUCUGCACCUAUAUCCUCAGCCUCGUCUUCAAGACUACCUUUGAGGUGGGCUCCCUCCUGGCCUUCUACUUUCUCUACAGUGGCUUUGACGUUCCCAGACUGCUUCGCUGCAGCCUGGACCCUUGCCCUAACACCGUAGACUGCUACAUCUCCAAAGCCACUGAGAAGAUGGUCUUCCUCUACAUCAUGGGCUGCACGUCCAUAUUGUGUAUUGUACUGAAUGUCUCGGAGAUGGUAUACAUCCUAUCUAAACAGUGCUGGAAGUGUUUUAGCAAGCGGUAUAUCCCCAUUGAAGAGAGAGCUCACUGGCAUUGUAAUCACACUGUCCCAAUCAGCAACAGUACCUCAACCCUUCAUCCCACACCUAACAAAGAUACAAUGGGCUCACAAGAUCCAGCUACAAAGGGAAACCAACCCUUUCCCUCUUAAAUUGCAUUCAAUUACCUAAUAAUUUAUUGUGAUCAGAAUUCAGGACUUCUUUUAACUUAAAUUAUUUCAGAAACUAUGUAGAACUUGUAGUUAUUCACCUUUAACUUUUUUGUUGUUGUACUUUAUUCAUAGAUUUUCAGAUAUGAGAACAGAAAAACAGUACAACCCCAUCCCCUCAUCCAUCCGCCCCUCCCUC